AUGGCCCUGCCUGUGCGUGGCGCGGGGCGUGAGUCGCCGGUCGGCAGUGAGGGCUGGAUGCGCUCCCUCACCGCCGGCUUCGCUAUCCACGCCCCGAACCCCAACGACCCGUCUUCGGUGGUGUCGGCGAUGCGGUUCCUCCUGCAGAUGGCGGUCGACCUCGAGCGGCAUGGGAAUUUGCUGGAGAGCAUUAAGUGCGCGGAGUCCGCGUUGCUGCUGCGGCGCGCCACAGAAGCGGCCGUGACGCCGCUGCUGGAGCCGCUCUUUGCGGAGGAAAUGCUCCCGCGCAGCGUUGUGGAGGAAGCAGAGGACCUCGUGCUGCGGUGCAACACCCACGCUGUGUCCGCCUUCAACGAGAAACGUUUUGAUGCCGCGGAGUUCUUCCUUGGCAAGGCGCUCUUCCUGACUGACUUGCGUGAUGCGGAGGAGGUGAAUUACUUUUCGGGGUCCGAGUCGCGGCGGUUGCGGUUGCGUGCCGCGACACUGAACAACCUCGGCUGCAUGGAGAAACGUCGUGGGAAACUGGAGCAAUCGCUUGCGUACCUGCGGCAGGCUGUAGAGAUCGAGGUGUCGCUCGAUACCACAUCCCGUGGGUCACCGUCGACGUACCUCAACCUCUGCACAGUGCUGAACGAGCUGCAGCGACACCACGACGCCGUUGCGGCGGCGGAGAGCGCUAUCGCUACGCUCGAGGAGCAGAUGCUGCAGCAGCAGAGGGAGCAGUUGCCAGGGUGUGCAAUGAUGCUCGUGGUGGGUUUGUACAACCUGGGAGUCUCGCUUGAGCGCCGCGGCCGCGACGGUGACAACGAAAAGGCCCACGCGGCGUAUCGGCGUUCCCUGGAGGCGAGCCGAAAGUUCUUUGUGGAUCCCAAGUGUCCAACCGUAGAGCUCGCGAUGUCGGCGAUCCGUCGCAUGCACGCGGCUCCCACCUUCCGUGCGGAUAGGAUAGAGGCAAUAGGACCGCGCAAGGCGCUCGAGGGCCCCGCAGACCCGCGGCCGCCACAGAGAUCAGCAUUCCCGCCAGCAGCAGCAGCACCGAGUCUGGAUUCGCGGUCCAUAUCACUUUCCAGCGCCCACGCGGCCCCCACCAGCCUUCCGGCACCGCUUCCACAGGAACAACAACAGCAGCAGCUGCAGCAGUCUCGUGUCAGGCGACUAAGUCCACUCACCGCGGCGGAAAGUCUAAGUGAAAACUGGGCACAGCGCACCUCUUCGCACCCCCCUCGCCCAUCCACUGACAGCCGGAUUGUUUCCACAUCGUUUGGGUCAAUCGCGCAGACAAUGCCAAUAGUGUCACAUUCACGACUAUCGCUGUUGGCAUCGCACUCACCACUCCAUUCAGCUGGCGAUCUGCCGCACGGGCACACGAUGCCAGGCACUGUGCAGCCACCCGUGCGAAGGACGGGAUCAGUCUCCGUGACGCCUUGCGUGGAAACCCCUGAUGGGGGCGCAGCCAAUCCACUGUCAGUGUCUCCGGCUGUGCCACUUCAAGAGCAGGAACAACGACAAGCGUCAUUGCCUCCGUCGCAGCAGCAGCAACAGCAACAGCAGCAGCCACUGCCGCCGCCACCGCUACAACAACAGCAACAAGAGCGGCAGCAGCAACUUCAACAACAAGCUUCAACGGCACAACAACAACAACUGUUGUUACGGCAGCCACCACCACCACCACCACCGCCGCUCUAUACGGAAGCGAAGCAGCCCGUUGCACGCCCAGCCACGCUCUCUCCACUACGCAAGCCAUCAGAUGCAAUUUCGACGCUGAUGAAGCCAUCGCUUGUUGAAGCACCCAAACUGAGCCUCACCACCCCACUUGGGUUAUUGACCCAAAGGAACCAGUCAAAGUCAUCAACCUCUCCGACAUCAGCUGUCGCAAACCCAUUUGGACGUCGCGUCUUCGGGAGCGUAUCCACCUCUGAGCCGUCAGGUCCCGUAUCAUCAUCGAUGCUCCGGCAGCGGUUGACGGGAUCGGAGUCCAUGGCGAUGGAGAAGCACCUUGCGCGGACGCAGAUGCGACAAGCAAAGGCAGAGGAAGCAAAGAAAAAGGGUCCCAUGGCUGGACGAAGGGGCAGUGCGCUCGCCAAGGCGAAGGAGCGAGAACAAAAACGACUUGCCAAGGAAGAGGCGGCUCGGGACGCAAGCAUGGCAGACGCGUUGUAUGAAAAUCUUGUCGUUGGAAUGCGUGCGGAUGAGUUGCAUCGCUGUCAUCGUGCCGCCAUGCUGCUUCAGCGUAUGUGGCGUGGAUGCAUUGCCCGAACCUUGCUGCGCCGCAUGGUCUCCGCAGCAAGAAAGAUCCAGCGGGUGUUCCGCGUUUUCCUCGUCAAGUUGCUCGCUGCACGACGCGCGGAGGAGGAGCGGCUUGCCCGAGUCAAAGCUGCACGCGAAAAGGAAGAGACGGAGGCUGCUAUUGUGCUGCAGGCGCGUGUGCGGCAGUUCCUUCACCGUUUGGAGAUUCGCCGUGCCUACCUUGGCCGCAAGAUGCGUCAGUACUACGCCGCGCGUCGGAUUCAGCGCGGCUUCCGCGCAUUUUUGAGGUGGCGCGAGGAGCACCUCGCCGCCCUCAUGGAGGCACAGCGCUUGGAGGACGAGCGUCAGCUGCAGCUGAAGAUCAACGCGGCCCGCCGCAUACAGUGGGCCUAUAGCCGCUACUUGAAGCGAAAGGAGGAGUUGAAGGCGUCAAAGGAGCGGGAGCGAAGAGAGCGCGCGGCGGCGACAAUACAGGCGCAGGUGCGAGGUGUCCUGGCGCGAGCAUGGUUCCGGUACUACAAGUCUUACCGCCGCGAGCAGGAGCUAAAGUCUGCGGCGAACCAGAAACGUAUUAUUAUGCUGCAGGCCGCCGCUCGCGUCCCCCUUGCUGUGCGACUUCGUCGUACGAAGGAAGUGGAUCUUGUGCGCCGCCUCCGUCAGCAUCAGUUGAACCGAGCGGUGACACGGAUACAAUGCCAGUGGCGCAGCCGUGUUGCACGCAUCAAGUUGGCACGUCUGCGCGCGGAGAGUGACAUACGGAAUCGACGCGCCACGCGUAUCCAGCGCUGGUACACAACAUGCGUCUUGCGUCGCAGGUUCCUUCAGAUUCUUGAGGCGAAGCGUCGCGAACAUGCGGCUGAAAAGAUCCAACGGUGGUACCGCGACCGCAAGGUGCAAACUAAAGAAAAAGAAAUGGCUCGAUAUUAUGCUGAUAUUGCGCGUCGACAGCGUCUCGCACAUAUUCAAGCGCAGUCGCUGCUCCUGCUACAGGCAUGGGGGCGAGGAUAUAUCAGCACUCUGCUAGUCCGGAGUGUGCGGAAUUCCUUUCUGCGCCUCACGCUUUUUGCAGAGGCGUUCCAGCGCAUAGGACGCGGCUACGCGGGCCGCUUGUCUCUGUGGCGAAUGAAGUGCCGUGAAAUUCGUGAGGCACGAAUGCGAGUAGAACAAAUGCGUCAGGCCUCAGCGGCAUGUGUCAUUCAGCGUGCGUGGCGAUGCGCUAUGGCGAAGGACACUGUUGAACAUAUGCGACGUUGUGUAGCAGCCAGCGUGAUGAUUUCGAAACACUAUCGCAGUUAUGUCUGUCGCAAGGAACUACGUCGGCUGCGUGAACAGAAACAGCUAGAGCGGGAAACGCAGGCGGUUUUGAUUAUACAGCGGAUUGUGCGUCAAUUCCUCCAGCGACUAGAACAUGUUCGCCUAGACAAGUAUUACCGUGAGCGCCAUCAGAAGAAACUAGUCCUUAUGCGGCGUGAGGAGGCUGUCACAACACUGCAGGCGGCAUGGCGUGGACGCGCGACGCGUCAGGCACUCCAACGGGAGCGCGAAGCCCUUGAGGCAUUGGCGGUGUAUGUGGUGAAGAUUCAGCGAGCAUGGCGUGCACGCAAGUUCCGCAGGGGCAUCAACGUUGAAGUUGCACAGCGCUCCACUCUUCGUAUGGAUCGCUCACGUGCUGCCCUUACACUCCAAUGCUUCUGGCGGAAAAUGAGGGCAGCUGAAGAGGUGGCGCGCCUGCGCGAGGCAAAUAGGAUUCGCCGUGAGAAGGCGGUAGUCAUUCAAUGCUGGUGGCGUCGUAUCCUCGCUAGGUGGCUCGUAGAGUCUCUGAAGGUGCAACGGGAGGAGGUGCUCAAGCUUCGUCUCUACUACAUGGGCAAGUGGGAUGUCAUGGUAACGCUCAUCAAUGCAACACUACGGGUGCGUUCGGCGCAACAGCUGCUACUCGUUCGCAAACGGAAGCAGCUUCUCACCCAACUAACAGAUUGUGAACGUGAACGCUUCUUGUGCCGCCAUGGGGCUGCGACAAAGAUACAGGCGGUUUACCGCGGUCACUAUGAGCGGGUGUAUGCGCGCGGUAUACGACGACAAAAAGAGGAAGAGGAACGCCGCAGACAAGAACGUGAAGCCCUUGAGAAGCGCUCUGCCAUCAUCAUUCAAUGCGCCUAUAGACAAUGGCGGGCCAUUCGUGAAGCUAACAGACGACGCGCCGCGAAGAGGGCAAAGGCGUUGGAGGAAGAAAUUGAGCACUAUACCACGGUUGAUCCUCAUGACUUAGUUCGUCAGCUAUUCUGGGUGCAUGAGACUGUUCUGAAGCGUGACUUGACGAAGGAACGACUUCAGCGCUCGAAUGAGCGCCUCAGGGCGGCCGUGAUUGUACAGAAAGCCGUUCGACAAUGGCUUGCAAAGCGACGUCUGGAAAAUAUGCGUCGCGAAGCUGCCGAGGCACGAGCANUGAUUGUACAGAAAGCCGUUCGACAAUGGCUUGCAAAGCGACGUCUGGAAAAUAUGCGUCGCGAAGCUGCCGAGGCACGAGCAGCGAAAACCAUUCAAAGCUACUGGACGCAGUGCCGCGCCCGUAAAAUGCAGAAGGAAUCGGAGAGGCAGUGCCAGGCGGCGAUAACCAUUCAAGCACGCUUCCGCGGUUACCUUGUGCGGCGGGAAUGGAAAGAGUGGAAGAGUCAGAUGGCGUGUGAGCGACAGCACCAAGUGUUGAAAGAUGAUGUGUACGAUGAAGCCGCCACAGUGCUUCAGUCGUUCUGGCGCCGUAUCGUGGCUGGGCGUAUGGCGGACCGAUUGCGGGGGCAACGGCAGGNGAAGCCGCCACAGUGCUUCAGUCGUUCUGGCGCCGUAUCGUGGCUGGGCGUAUGGCGGACCGAUUGCGGGGGCAACGGCAGGAGAAGAAGGUACAGCAGGUGCUGGAUGAGGCCGCCACCACAAUUCAACGAGCAUACCGACACCACCUAUUGUACCGUGUCAUUCAAGGCUCGUGAUGUAUUCUCUCAACUACGGUGUUUUUUUUUUUUUUUUUUUUUCCUUUUUUUGGUGGUUUUUUUGUUCGUUUUACUCCUUGGAGGUGGGAAUAGACGAACUUUAUUCCACACAAUGUAUGUGAGACUGCUGCGUUGCCAACGAUCAGCAAGACUAUGCAACAAAAAAAAAAGCACACUUAUUAGAUGUGUAUGCGAUGUGCUGUUGGGUGGGAAGGGGGGCCUCCAAGCAAGGAGCUCAGUUGUCUCCUCAUUUUAA